AUGUAUUUUAUUUUAUACAUAUUAGUUGGAAUUUUGUGGGGAUGUACAAAUGUAUUUAUAAAAAUAGGAUGUAAAGAAAAGAAAAAGGAAAAAAAUGCGACAGAAGGAAUAUUUGGAGUAUUGAAAAACGUUAACAUCAUUUUACCAUACUUACUAAAUCAGAUUGGGUCUCUGUUUUAUUAUUUUUUAUUAUAUAAAUCAGACAUGUCAUUAGCAGUCCCUUUAUCAAAUGUAUCAUCCUUUGUUUUUACAUAUAUCACUGAAAUAAUUGUUUUAAAAAAAAAUAUUACAUACAAAUCAGUGCUAGGAUUAAUAUUAGUUUGUAUAGGACUUUUUAUUUGCCUAAACUCUUAA